AUGGCUUCUACAUCACUUUCUCUCUCGAAUCAAACAAUUCGCUCAACCAUUCAACCGCCGUGCAACGCCACCUUCUGCCGCCCCCUCCGUAUCUCCGCCACUUGCGCUACCUCUGAGAGGACCUGUAGUUGGAAGAUCAGCACGGAAUACGCUCCAAAACAGGGGUCGCUGUACGAAGUCCUGGGGAUUCAAAUCGGUGCUUCGUGUCAUGAAAUUAAAACUGCGUAUAGAAAAUUAGCCAGAAGUUUGCAUCCGGAUGUUGCGUCGAACAGUGGAGAUGAGUUUAUGAGCGUUCAUGCGGCUUAUGCUACUCUUUCUGAUCCGGAGAAGCGUGCGAAGUACGAUACGGAACUUUUUCAUCGGAGGCGUCCGACUGCUCUGUCGGCGAGCGAUUUUUCUCGCCGGAGCCGGAAUUGGGAAACUGAUCAGUGCUGGCCUUCAUCGAAUUAUGUGCCUUCCUCACACUCUUUGAAGCUAGAUCAUAUCGGUUUCAUAUUGAACGAUGCACUUUUGGUUCCCACACUUGUUGAGUUGAGACGCCAAGCAGCGCAGUCGAGGAACUCUACAGCUCACAGCGCCGGCAACUCUACUAUUACCAACAUUGAGCAACUCUACCAUUCGCAGUCGCAGGACACUAGCUUUCGCAGUUCUGCUUUCAACACUAGUGUCGAUUGCUGCAAAAAUGCGUUGCAAUGUACAGUUGAGCUUCAACGAGAUAGCAUCGCGAUGCUGCUCAGUCGGCACGGUCACACGCAGGCAGCGUCACUAUCGCCACGUAGCAGUGUUGUAACGUAG